GAAAGUAGUUAGUCUUCAAUGUUAUACUCUUGCAUAACUUAAAUGAAAUGAUAAUUUUUGGGCAGCAGCUUCGUUUCUGUAAAUAUGAACAUAUAUAUAAUAUGGGUGCGGUGUAUUUUUGGAUUGAGCAAUACUUACUUAAUACCAUGUUCAUUAUUUUCGGCUUGUAUCUCUCCUUUCGUUCUGUUUGGGCCUUUUACUUUAAUUAGGCAAUUUUCGUUAAAGUGAAUAGUACUAACACCCGAAUUCGAUUCGAUUAACACACUGCCCGUAGUCCAAUGAGCUCUGGGUCACAUUCACCCGGAGCCAUGUGGCCCGCGACCGACUUCCGCCGGCAUCAAAGGAAGCCAAGCCAAGUUCUCCAUCGGUGGUUUUUCAAGAGCAGUGCCUGGAGCAUCUACGCAAUCGCCUGCGGACUCCACUUCUUCAAGCUGCACUACAACGAGCGCACCAAUCAAGUGGAGGAGUCGCAGUACCAUCGAAUAUGGUCCAAGAUCGUGGUUGUCCUCAAGGUGAUACUGCUGGCCAGCCCGUAUCUACAGUACUUCGUACUCGGACUGGGCAUAUACAUCCACAUGACACUGGUGCAGGACAGCAAGGCGCAGAACUUCCUGAUGAGUCUCAUCGUGCUCGGAAUCGUGAUAGGUGUCCUGCGGCGCCUACUAAUCUUCCUGCACCUGAAGAGGGAUCGCAGGUUCCUGAAGAAUACUGUUAACGAGAUCCUGCAGAUAACCAGCGCGCUGCAGCAAAAGUUCGGUAUGGAGUAUAAGUGCGACUCCACAUUGCUAGUGGUGUACUUGGCUAAGCUGUGGAUACUCACCGUCAUGCUGGAUUCCUUGUGGUACAAGCCCUACUUCCUCUCCUCCAUCUUUCUCUACUGGGUGCUGUUGGAGUACUGCUUUGCUGGCUACUUCGUUUACCAACUGAUCCUGCUCAGCUGGUACCACACCAUUAUUCUGUUCCUGCAGCGCUUCAUCGAGGACCAUGCGAAUCGGUUGGAUAUUGAGCUUUGCUACCAUCGGCGCUUGAUCCCGCUCUUCGAGCUCCAUCUGCGCAUCAACAAUCUGCAUAAGCAUGUUAGGGACAACGUCUCCUGGCUCUCGACCUCUGUUUACCUGAUGAUCUUUACCUGCAUCUUCAACGCCGAACUGCUCAUUGAAUGCAGUCUGUUCGCCGGAGACGAGCUGGAGAACAAGAUCUACAUCAUCGCGGACGGUUGCUUGGGACCCGUCUGCAUUCCGAUACUGUAUGUGCUCAUCCUGGGCAUGUGCACCGAUCGAUUCCGCGAUGCUGAAGUACAGCUUCAGCAACUGUUCGUAAUCGUUCAGGGCUUGUAUGUGAGGAAGGUCAGGCCACGCCUUCUAAUCGCAAUGGUCCUCGACAACGAGCACACCUCCUUGAUAAUUCACCAGAAGCUGAAGCCGCUCCAAAACAUGAUCAUCCUGGACAUCACUUGCGACAGGGAGUUCGUCAUGGACUACAUUGUCACGGUGAUCCUUACAGCAUUGUCGCUUGUGCAGUACACCAUAUCAACUGGAGGAAAUAUAAGCGAGUGCGUGACCCAUAAAUAACAACCCACCUGGACCAAACUAUUAGGAGGAUAUAAUCAGUGGAGCUGGACACAGUUACCGUAUAAUUUCGUGGGUCAAAAUAACUUUCUUAGCACCUCCAAAAGUGUAUCUUUUGAAAGCAGAACUCAGAGCUCGAAAUCCUAAAGCACUAAAUGUUUAUAAUUAACAUGCGCUAAAAAUGUUUUUUUUUUUUUGUUUUCAUACAAAAUUAGGGUUUAUUGACUGUAGUAGGAAACUGAUCAGAUAGGUGGUUUUGCGCACUGCGAUUCAACAACAAAGGAUUUCCCUUUUGCAUAGAUUUAUCUAAAUAAUAGACUGACAG